CAAUUUGGUGGCUUCAAACCAAACCCUGUGAGCUCCGUUGAGACACUCAACCAUUCGUAAGCUAUCCUUUAAAGCAGCUGUUUUUUUAUCACUUCCAUAUACAAGGCCACGUAUUGUGCAUAGAUCUUCAGUGAUUUCUACCCAUGCUGGUGAUCCUCCGUAUGUAUAUGUGUCCGACGGAAUGAAUAUCCGGCUCCAAUGAGGUCCGGCUUAGAUGUUCGGCACAAUAUGUAGGUAUAUGUGCGAUGCGCCAUCUGGCCCCCUACGUCGCCAUAGAGCCUUAUCCUCGCUUUUCGGGCCCGGAGAUGGACCAGUUGCCCGACUUUUUAUAUAUAACAAGGCCCUGUGGCCUUGCGCAGCUUCUUCCUAACUUGCUAAGAGAACUGGCUACUCCUUUUAUUCAUCAUACACAAUUGCCAUCUCCUCCGCCCCCAUGGAUUUCAGUCAAUGGGGAACUCCCAGCAAGGAGUGGCUGUCCUUCGCGGCGGCUAACUCGGUAAUGCUGGGGAUCUCGGAAGACCACCUGCCGCCGCUAGUCCAGCAGACCAACGCCAACAAAGCGCGCGCGACGAUGUCAACGCACCUAUUCCAGAGCACGGGUCUCAGCAAGCUCGUCGCGACACAAGACCACGUAGUCCCGACCCGCGACGGCCAAUCCCUCACCGUGCGCAGCUACCGGCCGGUAUUGCUCGGCUCGAAGCCGCUGCCCGGCUACGUGUACUAUCACGGCGGCGGCUUCAUCUUCGGCGCGCCGGACACGGAGCUGUUCAACUGCGCGUGGCUCGCGCACUCGCUCUCCAUGGCCGUCGCGCACGUCUGCUACCGGCACACGCCGCAGGUCAAAGGGCUGACCCCCUGGCACGACGCCGUCGACGGCUUCGACUGGGUCGCCGCGCACGCGGACGCGCUCGGCAUCGACGCCUCGCGCAUCCUCGUCGGCGGCAUAUCGGCGGGCGGCUCGCUGACGGCGCACGUGGUGCAGACGGAGCUGCGGCGGGCGCGCGAGACGGGCGCGGCGAACCGCGUCAAGGGGCAGGUCCUCGGCAUCCCGACGCUGGUGCACUGGAAGGCGUUCCCGUGGCACCUCUUCGCCGGCAGGGAGAAGACGUCCGUGGUGCAGUGCAAGGACGCCGCGAUCCUGAACGGGAGGCGGCUGGAGUUGUAUUCCGCGCUCCUCGGCGACGAGACCGACCCCUCCAACCUGACGUGGAGCCCGGCGCUCGCCGCCGAGGAGGAUCUGAAGGGGAUGCCGCCGACGGCUUUCCUCGUCACGGGCUGGGAUCCGCUGAGGGACGAGGCGCUGUGGUACGCUACGAAGUUGAAGAAUGCCGGCGUGCGGACAAACGUCCACAUAUUCCCAGGCCUGCCGCAUGUCUUCUACGCAUUCAUGCAACUGCCAUCGCACAAACGCUGGAACGAAGCCAUGCUCGCUUGCAUGCGUUGGGCGGUAGCUGAUGAAGAUGGAUGGAUCGUCGAGAACCCUCCUGUUAUGCCGCCGUUUAUGGAGGGUGCUGCAGCUGCUACCAGUUCAACGGACCCGGUCACUGCUGGUGCCUCCGAGUCAGACGCGGUAGUAAAUCCGGGCAAUAGCCUUUAAGCAGGAGUAACGCUACCUCAGAUGGUUCUAUAGAUCUAUUAUAUCUAGUACCUAGAUCACCUUGAAUUGAAGUGAAAUAUUAUAUCUUUGAUAUCCAAUUUGAAGAUUACGUAGACAUUAUGAUCUUGAUUCUUCAGGGAUUGUACUGGGGCUAUUCUUAGAGGCAACAUUCAGAAUCAGAUUCAACAAUCCGAGAUUCCAACAUGCUCUUAGGUAUUACGUCAAUCCUGAACUGUAUACAUACCUACAUCACUCUUUGCUCUCGAAUAUCAAUAGCUGUCUAGCUUCUUUAGAAAUCUGCCUUCUUUUAAGUCUUCCUAGUCUCUCAAUACGGAGUGCCCUAUAACACUUCGAGUGAUAUCAUUUGACCUUCGUUCGUAAGCCUUCCGAAUAGAUGAGUUCAUUAUCUCUGCAGGUUAUUUAGCUCACUAAAUAGCAUUUUCACAAC